AGACAACCAAUAAAACCAAAUCUACCAAACAGCGCACACAAGACCACCAGCCAUUACGAACGAACGCGUUAGUUUUGGUGUCUGUUCCUAAAAAAAGCGAAAUAAUGUCGGACAUCGGAUCAGAAGAGUUUGAGGAGGACGAAGGCAUCAACUUAGGGACGUACGAAGGAGAUCGGAAUGAGGCUGAAGAGCGCCAUGGAUUUGGCAAAACAACUCUGCCCAAUAGCGACACUUAUGAGGGUCAGUACGAACACGGCAAGCGUCACGGGAAUGGCACGUACCGCUUCAAAAAUGGCGCCAAAUAUGUCGGCGAAUACUCCAAAGGCAAAAAGCACGGCCAAGGAACAUUUUGGUACCCCGAUGGUUCUAGAUACGAAGGGGGCUGGGUAGAAGAUCGUAGAAACGGCCAUGGUAUAUAUUACUACCCAAAUGGCGACACCUACGAAGGGAACUGGUACGAACAUCAACGCCACGGUCAGGGCACUUAUACGUAUGCAAACACGAGGACUAAGUACCAAGGGACCUGGAUGCAUGGGAAGAGAGACGGGUCUGGGGAACUGAUUCACGCGAAUCACCGUUACGUCGGAAGCUUUGCAGAAGAUAAUCCGCAAGGUUCAGGCAAAUACAAGUUUGACAUGGGAUGCGAGCAGCAUGGGGAGUACAAACUGGAGGAAAAGCUACAGGAAGCUGACACUGAAGAAGAUGAACAAAUCACUGUAUAUACACCUAAAUGGAAGUGCCACAGGGUGACCGAGAUCGCUGCUGUCUUGAGUGACUAGUUACGAUUCUCGUGACGUCAUUAGGCGCGAGCUUCUGGUCGAACUUAGGUCAGGUGGUCGUUUUGAGUUCAGAUGGGCGUUCUACUUUUCUAGAGUCAGCUGGUAAAAGUGUGGUUUAUGUUCGGUAUCAAAUGCACAAAUCAUCCAAAUGACGUAUUUUGAAAGAUUGUGUAAGAUUUAUAUAAUACUGCUAUGUCUUGCUCAUGUAAACUAUCCACUGUAAAAACAUGAAAGAAUAAUAUAUACUACAUUAUGGCGUUCUCGAAA